AAAUAAGCAAUGACUAAUCUAAGCUCGACGCCAACAACGCUGUUCCUGUAAAUUAAAUUCGGUGCUCCUGUGUUCCAACGUAUCCACGAGAGUUCCUCCACACCCACUUGUAUUGUCGCCCAUCAAGGUUUGCUCCCUGCAGGUUCAGCCGUACCUGGUGAAACAAGAUCAGAAAGAUGGCAGUGUCUCGCGGAGCGGUGCUCUUCUUAUUUCUCCUUCUCCUCGUCGCGGCAGAGAUGGGAGCCAUCGUCGUCGAUGCCAAAACGGGAGUGGCCAAGGAGACCUUGUUAAAGGACGAAGUGAAAGAGGAGGAAGAUGACAAAAGCAAGGAGAAGAAAGAGAGAAUCUGCUUAUCAAAGAGUGUCCUAUUCGAGGGUUUCUGCUUCGAUAGCGACAAGUGCAACGAGGUGUGCAAGAAGGAGAGCUUUGGCGGUGGCGAGUGCAAGCUAGACACGAUCAAGCGCAAGUGUUUCUGCAAGAAGCCAUGCUAGUUCAUCGGUGUCUUUGCUAAUUGUUGAUCGAUGUGUGCUCCACUCAUUUUUGUUGGCCUUUAUAUCUCUCCAGAAACAAUAUUACGACUUUUGGUAAAUCCCGAUCAUCAAAACUGAUUUUGCAGUUCUUUUUUUAUUUAGCGUUAUGUACUGGUUUUGGGGCUCCGAUUGCAAGAAGCUAUACAAAUUUUUUGCCUAUUGUAAAAUGGACAUUUAUAUUAUUAUGAUUUGUUAAUGAUGUCGAACUCUAUUUUGUGAUGUUUCUUUUAAAUUUUUUGUGGGUGAGUUAUUGUAGUAGCUAUGGCUACCUUCUUUGUAAUGUUGGGCUCCUCUCUUUGAUGAGAUUAAAGCCAAAGGAUAUCCAUUAUAAAAAAAAUAU